AUGGACUGGGAUACAGCGUCAAUAUCGGCGGGACCACCGCGCUACGAAUGGGAGUCAGACGACGAGGAUGAUGCUAGGGUUCUAGAGCAUAAAUCUUGCGACUUGAGAGUUUAUUUGGAGGGAAACCCUGCUUGGAUGCAGCGUGAUCUUGUGGUGUUGCUUGGCGAUGUAGGCACAGCUAUCAUGCUCGCUGCGCAGCGUGACUUUACUCAAACAGCUUGCGUUGCGUGUGAUAAGCUUGGUCAUCUUGCUAGCAUACAUAUUCCCGAAGAUAUUGCAAUGCCUUGUGUCGUGUUUAUACCACUUCCAGAUAACUUACCCAGGGCCAUCCCCUCAGGCAUUGCCCAGUGCGUCAUUCAAAGGAUGCAGCCCAGCUGUGUUACUAUUGUACAGUCAUAUGUACCGGCUCUGUAUUUAACUCGUGAAUCAUCCAAUACCAAUGCUGUGCACGAGUCUCUGCGAUACUUGUGUAAUGUACCUGCUGACCGACGCCCAUCUGGCUGGCAAAGCCUAGAUCGUUGGUCGAAACCUUGGGAAGCACCUAAUAUUUUCACUGGAUGUGGUGCUGCAUUUUUCAUGAUGGCAACGUACGCUAAAAUUCCUGCUCAAAUGCUAUGUGUGCCAAUAAAGCGCGCAGCGUCUCAUGCAAACUAUCAGCAGCUUAAGUACCCUAUUAUUCUCACGCAUGGAAAAGAAAGUGUUCCUACAAGUGAACUGCGUCGACGGUUGGCGACCCUCAUUGAUGACGUGGAUGAGCCUCAUUUGGCCUGUAUCUUGCCCCUGUUAGGCAACCGCCCAGAAGCUUGUCAAGGUCAUUCAUCUCUCUUAGCACAUGCUUUGCUUGCUUCACUAGCUAAACGAGCUUCGUCUGAGUCCAUAGGUGAAGGCGGCAUGUAUGUUUAG